AUGGUUCGAAUCCCGCCGGGUCUGCCAAACGACGAUGAGGCGGGGUGGAAGUCAAUGUCCGGUCUCGUGGUGCAAAUGGACGUCUUGGCUGCAGUCAAACUCCGCGUACAAGCACCGUCUCGUAGUCGAGGGCAGACACUGCAGCACGCAGUACACGAAGCUUCGACAAUACUGCAAGCACAUUUUCAUCUUCAGUUCAAUAACUGCAAAUGCAAUCAGUUCUGCGAGCUCUGUGAUCCCGAUUUGGCUCGCUCGGAACUGCAGGAGGAGUCAACGCCGUGCUCAUCUCAUGAAGGACUGGUGAGUCGUACUGAACUCUCCCAGUUUCUCGAUUUUUCCCUUUGCACUGAUUACAAGGUUUUUGUCUUUGAAGAACUCCGUGACCUGUUUGUGUGGCCUUGCCAACUCAGCUACCCUCUGGUAAGGAGGAGAAGUUAA